GUUCACAGAUAUGGCCAUGAAGUUGUUUGUGGCGCUUGCUCUUGUGGCUUUUACUGGCUGCCAAGCCAAUGUUCUGAGGUCAGACGAACCCAAGCCACAACUGGAUCUGGUGAAAGAUGCAUUCUGGGACUACUUUGUCAAGGCAACAAAAAUAGUUCUAGAUACUCUGAAAACCAUUGGAAACUCUGCGUCUGGACAGCAAGUGAAUGAAAAGAUCACAGAAAGUGUGGAAGUGGCAAGCCAAUACAGAGCCAUAGUGCAGGAUCAAGUUGUCGUCUUUAGCCAGGAGUUACAUAAAAAGCUUUCUGAACAUGUGGAACAGCUGUCAGAGAGCCUGCAGCCGGAUAUAAAUGAAGUGAGGGUCCAGCUGGAGCCCUUAGCAGAGAAGCUGAGUGCCAACAUUCAGCAGCAGAUGCAGAAGGUGAGGCAGGUGCUGGACCCCUACACAGAGCCCCUGGACACUAGGAACCUGAAGCGUGCCCUGCAACGCAUGCAUGGGAAGCUGAUACGCACCCUAUUUAUGAGUGUGGAUCAGCUGCUGUCCCACCUGCACUCCCAGCUGAGCCCCUCCACUAAGGAGCUGAAGGGGAAAGUGGAGGAGAGCGUGCAGGAGUACAAGAAAUUUGUGUUGCCCCUGAAAGAAAUCCUCAACGAUGAAAUCUUUAACAAAGUCCUGAUGUAUGACCGGACCCUGUACCCCUACGUUAAAGGCCUAAGGGCGAAGCUCGAUCCCUACAUCCAGGGCCUCGAAUCCCAGCUCACCGCUCUCUGGGAGUCUUCUGCCAAAAGUGCCUAAGUGCAGGAGGAACCACUCCCUGCUCCCCUUAUUGAUUCUAACUGCCUGAAUCUCUCUGAGACUCCAAUAACACAUGAUCAUCUUUUCUUGAUGCUCUCUUCCAGUUCCUGUCAGCUAUUGAGUGGCUCUUUCUUACUUUUCAUGUACUAUUAACAACAUUGAAGAGCCACAGCAAUUGUGAUGUCAUUCCUUUGUUCAGGAAGAGAUAAGAGGAUACUCUGAUAUUGAAGCAAAAUGUUUUACUUUUUUCAUGACUGAUUAGAUAUGUAUAAAUUACUUUUUGACAUGUUCUGUAAAAAAUGAUAGAUUCUGUGUUCUCAGGUUUCUAACUUUCUGAAAUAAAGGCACGAAAAUGAAUCAUUACUGCAAAUCUUUUAAAAAUGUAUUCAUAAGGAGUACUUUAUUGUUUCAAAACAAAACUGAUAUGAUUCCACUGCUAUUAAGGCAUUGGUUGAAAAUAAACUUAUUUUACAUUAUUACAAAAA